GCUGCCUUCAGAUGUGCAUGUGUGUGCUGGCAAGGGGACCGUUGUUUUCCACCAGAAGGGAAUGGAGGAGUGCGUAAACUGAAGAGGAAAUCGCGUUUGCCUGCUCUUGCAGUAGUUUAUCCCAUCACUCCGUACUCGUCAGUCAACUUUAGGACGCGUGAGACAGGUACAGCUUUAUUUUCUGCAGCAUCUGCUGGUGCCAAACGCGAGGAGGAGGAGGAGGAGGAGGAGAGGCGAUGCGCCUUGCGGAGUGAGCAGAGGCUUUUCCUGGACCUCCACAUCUUCUCAUACAGUAAGGGCGAGAGGGAGGCGUGAUUGUGCGGCGCUUUGGAGAGAGUUCGCGGCGCUCUGAUGCGGUGGAGGUGCGCGCAAAAAGCCCGCAGGCGACGCGUCUGUCAUCAACAGAGCUUUGAGAAGCAGACACUUUUGAUGGCCAAAUCAAUGGCUGUUUUAGCGCCCCGUGAUUCUGUGCACUGAAGUGAUUUGGAAUGAAGAUCUUAGUUUCUCUCCCGCAUUUAACGGAUCUGACAGACCAUUUCGUGUUGGCACCUCGGAUGGAUUUGCGGGUACAAUAAACAGACGUUUGCCAUUGCUAAUAGUGCGCAAACGCGCAAAAGUUUAAGUUGGCUUUGCCAUCGAGUUGAAAUGAUUGGGCUUCUGCAUAACUUAAUUCACUAAUUAGCAUUUUUAAACUCGCUUCAGCUACAAAAACAAAAGCACAAAAUGAACUUGUACGUCUUGAGUCUCCUUCUGACCUUGGAUUUAGCCACAGUGGCCGUCAGUUUAUCCACAUGCAGCACUCUGGACAUGGAGCAGUUCAAAAAGAAGCGGAUCGAGGCCAUCCGCGGUCAGAUCCUCAGUAAACUCAAGCUGAGCAGUCCUCCGGAGAUCUACCCCGAGCCCGAGGAGGUGUCCCGGGACAUCAUCGCCAUCUAUAACAGCACACGGGACCUGCUGCAGGAGAAAGCCAACGAGCGAGCGGCCACCUGCGAGAGACAGCGCAGCGAGGAGGAGUACUACGCCAAAGAAGUGCACAAGAUAGACAUGCAGCCCUUCUACCCUGCCGAGAAUGUCAUCUCUCCAACACAUUACAACCCGUACUUCAGGAGGCUCAGGUUUGACGUGAGCUCCAUAGAGAAGAACGCCUCGAACCUGGUGAAGGCAGAGCUCAGGAUCUUCAGGCUGCAGAACUCAAAGGCCCGUGUGUCUGAGCAGCGCAUUGAGCUUUACCAGAUUUUAGGUCAUAAAGACCUCACGUCACCCACGCAGCGCUACAUUGACAGCAAGGUGGUGCGCACCCGUACGGAGGGCGAGUGGCUGUCAUUUGAUGUGACGGAGGCCGUCAGCGAGUGGCUGCUGCACAGAGACAGAAACAAUGGAUUCAAGAUCAGCCUGCACUGUCCCUGCUGCACAUUUGUGCCUUCAAAUAAUUACAUCAUCCCCAACAAGAGCGAGGAGCUGGAGGCGCGCUUUGCAGGUAUAGAUGACAGCUUUGUGCACGGAGGGGAUCUGAAGAUGUUUAAAAAGCGGCGUCACAGCGGUCAGUCUCCACACCUGCUGCUGAUGCUGCUCCCGUCAUACCGGCUGGAGUCGCAGCACAAGAGCCACAGACAGAAACGCGCUCUGGACGCGGCCUUCUGCUCCAGGAAUGUGCAGGACAACUGCUGUUUACGCUCUCUCUACAUCGACUUCAAGAAGGAUCUGGGCUGGAGGUGGAUCCACGAACCCAAAGGUUAUAACGCCAACUUCUGUGCGGGAGCCUGUCCGUAUCUGUGGAGCGCAGACACCCAGCACAGCAACAUCCUCGGCCUCUAUAACACCAUCAAUCCAGAAGCGUCCGCAUCUCCUUGCUGUGUGUCUCAGGAUCUGGAACCCCUCACAAUCCUUUACUACAUCGGAAAAACCCCCAAAAUCGAGCAGCUCUCCAACAUGAUUGUCAAGUCCUGCAAGUGCAGCUAGGAACCGAUCAACUCCGUUUCCGGGAACACGUAUUCACACAGACAAACACAUA